UUACAAAGUUACUCCACACUCCGUGCGCUUCAUUACCGUGGCCGCACCGCGCAGCUUCGGGGGCAAUCAAUUCUACCCCGACAGCAGAAAGCAACACGAGAGGGCGUUUUGUAUGAAAGCCAACGAAAAGGUCGGUCCGUGGUGGACGGUCGUCCGGUUAGGCGGGUAUUCCGCGAGCACAUUUUUAGGAGCCAGGUAUGUCGUUUCCAGUCUACCGGGGAAUGCUGAUGUCAUUGGAGCAGGUGCGCCAAACGCAAGUUGGGAGCUAAAGAAUCGUUGUGGAUCAAACCAAGGUCGGAAUACGAACAUCAAUCCAUAUAAAUCCAUCGCUGUGUGAUUAAUGUACCGGAAUUAGGUGGUGUUUUUUUGUUUUUGUUUUCUUCAUUUUACAUAUCCAUAGUCUCAUGCAGUAAGAUCGCCGCAGACGGGCUGUUUUGCUCGUGAGUAUCAGUAUUUGCCUUUCCGUGGGAUUUUUGCCUUCAUUUAGAUGAUGUCAGAUCUUUAAUUUGUUUUGCACUAUCAAAUCGCUGAUUUCAUAACUUAAGACGGAAUUGAUCGUUCCUUGGUACGCAGUUUGUGGUAAGACUGUGCGAGUUCGGUUUGCGCGGCGUCAGUUGAUCUGUAAGGAACCGAGCUUUCUGUCGCGAGUUCUCCCGGUUGUGGAUCUCCGAGCGCGGACGCAUCUUCUUAUCCGCCCCGGGCCCCUGCCUAGGCGGACGGAACCGGACAGUCUACAUCAGACAGGGGUUUUUUUUCUGCGAGAAAGGGCAAUGUCGCCCUCAAAGUUUUGAAACCAGUGCAAGAAAUGGGAAUGAAAACCCGCGUGUAUAGCGCCGCGCUCCAGCCCGUCUUCUGAGCUCGAGCAUAUCCCGGAGAAAAGAGGAGCGAGGGAACGCCUUCGGACGUCUUCUGAGACUCGUUUACAAGAGCGGACAAAUAUGUCCAAGACGCUGAAAAAGAAGAAACACUGGUCGAGCAAAGUCCAGGAGUGCGCUGUUUCUUGGGGCGGCGCAGCAGAGCUGAGCUCCGUUCUGGAGAUAGGAGGGGGCGCGGAGCUUGGAGAGUUCCCACACCUGGGACAGGUUUUGCCGGGGUCGAUGGUGUGUCAUAUCGGCAGGUUGCCCGGCUCCGGGGACGUGCUCCUGGAGGUGAACGGCACACCUGUCAGCGGCCUUACUAACCGAGAUACCCUCGCCGUGAUCCGCCACUUUCGGGAGCCCGUACGACUGAAGACUGUAAAACCAGGUAAGGUGCUGAACACGGACCUGCGUCACUACCUCAGUCUGCAGUUCCAGAAGGGCUCCUUGGACCACAAGCUCCAGCAAGUGAUAAGAGACAACCUGUACCUCCGCACCGUUCCCUGUACCACGCGACAGCCACGGGAGGGGGAGGUUCCUGGACUGGACUAUAAUUUCAUCAGUGUGGGGGAGUUUCGCGUGCUGGAGGAGAGUGGGCUACUGCUGGAGAGUGGAACCUACGACGGCAACUACUACGGCACGCCCAAGCCACCCACAGAGCCCAGCCCCGUGCAGCCCGACCUGGUGGACCAGGUGCUGUUCGACGAGGACUUCGAUGCUGAGGUGCAGCGCAAGCGCACCACCUCCGUCAGCAAGAUGGACCGGAAGGACAGCGCCGCACCCGAGGAAGAGGACGAGGACGACCGGCCCGUGCUGAACGGACUCGCAGAUCACCGGGAGGGCGCGGAGUGGAGGAAGGCCGUGCCCAGCUACAACCAGGCCAGCGGCGGCGCGGACCCUCGGCCCUGGAGCACGCCACCUCGAGACGAAUGCCAGGAUCCGCUGCCCAAGAACUGGGAGAUGGCCUACACGGAAACGGGCAUGGUCUACUUCAUCGAUCACAACACAAAGACAACGACGUGGCUGGACCCUCGACUGGCUAAGAGAGCCAAACCUCCAGAGAAGUGUGAGGAUGGAGAGCUGCCGUACGGAUGGGAGAAGAUCGAGGACCCACAGUACGGCACCUACUACGUGGAUCACAUCAGUCAGAAGACCCAGUUUGAGAAUCCUGUGCUGGAGGCCAAGAAGAAGCUGGGCCAAGACACGCCCCCAGCCAACCAGCCGGCAGCAGCGGUGGGGGCUCCGCCCAUAGAGGAAGCCGCCCUGAGGGGAUUUACACGUGACCCCUCCCAGCUGCAGGGGGCGAUAUUGCGAACGGCCCUGAAGAAGAGUGCCCAGGGCUUUGGCUUCACCAUUAUUGGCGGUGACCGACCCGAAGAGUUCCUCCAGGUGAAGAAUGUCCUGAGGGACGGCCCCGCUGCGCAGGACAACAAGAUCGCCCCCGGGGACGUGAUCGUGGACAUCAACGGCACGUGCACGCUGGGGAAGACUCACGCCGACGUGGUGCAGAUGUUCCAGUCCAUCGGCGUGGGCCAGUACGUGGACAUGGCCCUGUGUCGCGGCUAUCCGCUGCCGGACGACUCCGAGGCCAGCGAGGAGACGGGCGCAGGAGAGAGCGGCCUGGCGGUGGCAGACGGCCCCGCCCCGCGGCCCGGCGAGGACAGCAGGCAGGGCGAACCCACGCUGCUGCAGCCCGAGCUGGUGAGCGUGCCGCUGGUGAAGGGGCCCGGCGGGUUCGGCUUCGCCAUCGCCGAUUGCCCGCUCGGCCAGAAGGUGAAGAUGAUCCUGGACGCGCAGUGGUGCCGCGGCCUGCUGAAGGGCGACGUCAUCAAGGAGAUCAACCGGCGGAACGUGCAGACGCUAAGCCACGCUCAGGUGGUGGACAUCCUCAAGGAUCUCCCCGUCGGCGCUGAGGUCAGCUUGCUUGUGCUCCGUGGAGGUCAGACGUCUCCCAUAAAGUCUCUGAAACCGUGUGCCACAACUGUGCCAAUUCCACAGAAGCAGGAGGUGGCCGCUAACGCACCGAACGCAGCUGUUGCAGUAGGCAUGGAAAACCUGAGUCCGGCUGAGCCAAUCCCACAGUCACUCCCCUUCCCCCCCAACGUGGUACGUUCCAGCUCGCCCAAACUGGACCCGUCUGAGCUCUACCUUAAGUCAAAGGCCAUGCUGGAGAACAAGCCUGCCAACACCAAGGACCUAGACGUGUUCAUUAAGAGGAACCAGGAGUCGGGCUUUGGGUUCAGAGUGCUGGGUGGAGAAGGACCCGAUCAGCCAGUGUACAUCGGCGCCAUCGUUCCGCUGGGGGCGGCGGAGAAGGAUGGGCGGCUGCGAGCGGGCGACGAGCUCAUGUGCAUCGAUGGCGUGCCUGUGAAAGGGAAGUCGCAUAAGCAGGUGCUGGAGCUCAUGACCAUCGCCGCACGCAACGGCCAGGUCCUCCUUACUGUGCGCCGGAAGCUAGCCUACGCAGGAUCAGACGGAAGGGAGGACGAUGGCAGCCACUCCUACGGCAACCCCCCCCAGGUUAACGGCUCCCACAGGGUCCCGGCCACAGAGGGCCCCGGCCCGAUCCAGCCGGAGCCCUACGACAUCACUCUGCAGCGCAAAGAGAACGAAGGCUUUGGCUUCGUCAUCCUCACCUCGAAGAACAAGCCACCACCCGGAGUAAUCCCUCAUAAAAUUGGACGGAUUAUCGAUGGGAGUCCUACGGACCGCUGUGGCAAGAUAAAGGUGGGAGACCGCAUCUCUGCUGUCAACGGACAGUCCAUCGUGGAGCUGUCCCACAAUGACAUAGUGCAGCUCAUCAAGCAGGCAGGCACCACCGUCACCCUCACCGUGCUGCCUGAGGAGGAGCACAGCGGACCUCCAUCAGGCACCAGCUCGGCCAAGCAGAGCCCGGCCACGCUGCACAAAGCCGUGGGCCAGCAGGUCGCCAGUAAGGAUGACGGGAACGGCCUGGAAGCGGAGGAGCGGAAAGAGGGUGUGGCCUGGGCCGAGUACAAGUCCCUCCCCAAGAGUGAGACUGCCACGAUGAUCACCUCAGGCCCCAAACAGGGCUGUUUCCUUGUGGAGCUGGAGCGGGGGUCUCGAGGUUUCGGCUUCAGCCUUCGCGGAGGGAAGGAGUACAACAUGGGCCUGUUUAUCCUCCGGCUGGCCGAGGACGGCCCCGCGCUCAGGGAUGGCAGGAUACACGUGGGGGACCAGAUAGUGGAGAUCAAUGGCGAGCCCACCCAGGGCAUCACGCACACGCGCGCCAUUGAGCUGAUCCAGGCUGGAGGCACCAAAGUCCUGCUGCUCCUGCGGCCUGGCCAGGGCCACAUACCUGACCACAGCAUCAAGGAGAUGGCGACAGGCCCGCACGCAAACUUUUCAAGAUCCCCUGCACCUGAUGAGCCAUCGGCACUAGCACCUCUGCCCUCCGCCUCCAUCUCAUCCUUGGAGAGCGCCCACUCUCCCACCUGGACCACGACCCCAGAGGAAGUCCCUUCCCCAGCCUCAGCUCCCUCCCGUGGGCAACAUUCCCAGCCCAGAGAUCCUAGAGCCCAACCCAGGAAGAGUGACUCAAGCGAAAACCCCGCCAGCCCCUGGUGGGUGGACGCACCGAGCUUGGAGGUGAAGGAGCGUUCCCGCAGCCCGCGGAAAGUGGAAAAGAAGCCCUCUGCCAGUUCAAGGAGCAAGAACAUGCACUCCAGCAUGCAGAGCCUGGACAUGUACACAGACAAAAAAUCCCCGCGGGAGAGGGAGAGUCGCUCAGCUAGCCCCAGGAAGAGCCCCAGGAAGGAGCAGGAGACUGGGACCAGGCAGCUGUCCAGGGCACAGGAGGAACCACUGAGGCAGUUUGAUGAACUGAGGCCCACCGCUGGCCCUGGAGCAUCGAGAGAUAGAAGGCGCAAGGGUGAGGACGUUGAGUUCCUCCGACAGGAUAAGGAGACUGGGGAGACCAAGCCUGAAAUGGAACGCCGUCUCCUGGAGAAGGGGGCACAGAGAGAGGAGGCACCUCCCUGGUCUCACAUACCCAUGGAGAGGGCGGUAGCAGAGCCUCAGGCCAGCUUGCCGACACACAAGGGUCAGCGGGAGAAGGACAGAGAGGUGAAAGAAGGCUGGCCCAAAGGAUUGGUGGCCGAGGAGGGGAAGAGAGAGACGAGGGGGUCUAUCAGCGUCCCGCCAGAGAUCUCCUGGAACGGGAAUGCCAAGAAAGCCCCCAUAACCCCUGGUCCAUGGAAAGUCCCCAGCUCUGCUAAGAUCCAGUCUCAGGUGGAAGGGAUCUGAGAGAGUCAGCGCGAAUCAGAGUGGAAUCGGCAGAACAGCGAGGCUACCUGUGGCCAAACGAUGGAUUCUCUCAAUCACUGUGUAUUUGAUGCAUAUUUUUUACAUGACGUUUACAGCAUGCUGUAUGUUCAUGGACUCUGAGAUGGUAUUUGGUGUCCUGAAGGAUCUGUUCAGUCGGUGUGUCCUCGUCCAAGGCAGGUGCAUGUGUCCCUGGUAAGACACCUCGGUCCUGUAUUGUGCCAAUCAUAGACUUCUGCUUUUGAAAGGCUCGACACAAAACCCAGCGCUCCUGUGAAACCCUGUAAGGUGUGAAAAUUGAAACGCUUCGUUUUCCAGAAGUGUGAAUGAACGUUUUGUCUGUUUUUGAUUUUGUUCUUAUUUCACACUCAUGCAAAGAUUCGGAAACGUGUAUGCGGUCAGUUACAUUGUAUUGUUACACCCAUUUUGAUUUGCUGCAUGUCUGUGCAGUGUGAAACUCAAUGCAUCUGUGCUGUUUGUUUAGCCAUGUGAAGGCUAGAAUAACUAUACGUAGCUAACAUGGUUAACCAAGAAUGAAAGCUAAAGUUGGCUUCACUGCAUUCAUUCAGUGCUGGGCACAGUAGCAUGGCUUGAUUGUGCCAUCCUUUGACAUGCAGUCCAAACAGGUAAUCAGGGUGUGCGCAGACACAGUAUUUAGCCUGAACGUUAGUUACCAGCUUUGUCGUGUAUUUUAGAUCCUUUUCCAAAGGUUGAUACAUAUCCAUCUUUAAGCGACCAGACACUUGUGCUUUAGUAUAUUGUUUACUAUGUGUGUCUAUGAAGCCUGUAUGAUUAAUUCAAAUGAAAAUGUACAGAAAUUAUAUAGACAUUUGCAGUGAUGUGUGAACAUUGUGGUUCAGCUCAGAUUCUGAAGAGCUUGUUUCACCCGAGAGCCCACUUCUGUUCAUCACAUAUUUAAGGGUAUGUAUGUUUCAUAUCACUGUAGCUUUUACAGCUAUAUUUUGUAGACCAUAUAGCAUGGUGUGUGCAUUGACGUGGACUAAACACUUUGUCAUAUCAUUGAGAUGAAUGAAGAUAAGGUAUCUGCGAGUAAAUCAUAUUUUUGCAUACAAUCUAACCAAUAUAUUUUGUCUUAUUUCUUUCUAACUUGGAUAGCACUAAUGAAUCUGCUUUUUUUUUUUUUUGGUAAUGCAAUACUAACUUGAUCUUAUUGAGUAUGUGUAUCCAAAACAAGAACACGUUCUCUCUACAUACAUUCUAUGCUUGUUUGAAAGCUCCAAAGUAAUGUAAGAAAAUGGUCUAACUUAAACUCAUGUAGCACAUCAAAUGUAGCUCAUUUGAACGUACGUCUAUGUGGGCUGUGAAAUGUGGCUCAGACUACAUUCCCAUAUCGAUUUGUCUGUAAAAUGCCCUCUGACACGUGAUUAGGGUUACCAUGAGCAUAUCAAAAUGUAUACACAGUAGUCUACAAAUUCUCAAGUUUAAAAAGCCAUUGUGAUUCUCAUUAUGUGUGUGAUUUUGUGCA